AUGCCUGCGAAGAUGCCUGACAACUACCCCACUGAGUCUGAGGCCUACGAUGCCAAAGAUACCACCACCGAAUCCGGAUAUGUCAGUGGUAGCUCCAGCGAGGACUAUCUCCCGGAGAUUGUCUUCACCAAGCCUCAUCUCCAGUUUCUCAACCGCCAGCUGCAGUUCCUCGAGCCUCAAGAUGUCCUGAGAUGGUGUGUCACAUCACUGCCUCAUCUCUUUCAGACCACCGCCUUCGGUCUGACCGGCCUGGUCACGCUGGACAUGCUCUCCAAGCUGGACGUGCCCCGGCCCCAGGUGGUCGACCUGGUCUUCCUCGACACCCUCCACCACUUCAAGGAGACCUUGGCUCUGGUUGACAAGGUCCGCCAACGAUACCCGAACGUCACCAUCCACGUCUACAAGCCCAAGGGCCUGGAGACGGAAGAAGAAUUUGCCAAGAAGUCGAGCCUGCUCAGCGGGCCUACCCGUGAACUCAACGUCCACGCCGUGCUGACUGGCCGUCGCCGCAGCCAGGGUGGCAAGCGGGGAGACCUCGACAUCAUCGAAGUCGACGAGGCUGGUCUCAUCAAGAUCAACCCGCUGGCCAACUGGACCUUUGAGCAGGUCAAGGCCUACAUCAAGGAGAACAACGUGCCCUACAACGAGCUCCUUGACCGCGGGUACAAGAGCAUCGGGGACUACCAUUCCACCCAGCCCGUCAGCGAGAACGAGGAUGAACGCUCGGGCCGCUGGAAGGGCCAGGAGAAGACCGAGUGUGGCAUCCACAACCCUCGCUCCAAGUACGCCCAGUACCUGCUGGACAUGGAGCGCAAGCGCCAGGAGGAGGCUCUCUCACAGGCGUUGAACACUCAACUGACGCCGGCACAGUGA